UGGUGAACGUGGACCUUGUCAACUUGCAACUUCAAGCUUCCAUACGGGACAUUACAAAGUUUCCAUAGGCACCGUUGAUCUGAUUGCAUCACUGAAGAUUGUUGUGUUUUCUUGCUCUGUUGUCAAAAGGAUGAUGCGCCAGAAAUAUACAAAACUGCAAGUAACGUCCAUUGAUUUGCAAACCUUCUAGAGCAGGUACAUUCCCAGAAAGAAGUUGAUAUUCUGGUAGUAUUGGGUGUAAUCUUUAGGUUCUCAUCCCCAUACCUGCUUUCCCUUUGCCCUUACGUCCCGGAGCAAAAAAGUUCUGCUUGCGUCUUCCCUUUUGACUUAUUUUCCCACAAUACAGUCUCACUAUUUAAGAGCCAGUAAGAAAAAAUCAACUUUGGUACAUCAGUCAGCAUCCAUUGUCAUGUGGUGACUGGUGACUUGAACAGCAUCAGUUGUUGGAAUUCGCAUUCCACUUUAUUUCGUCAGCAAGGAUGUCAAAUGCUCCGGGACUCUACCAAACAAAUUAGUAAUAAAGAUUUCCACUAUAAAAUCUUAGCAAAUGGUGUACUAUAGGUUAUAAGGAAUCUAAAGUUGCAGUAAUUACGUGCAUCGCUUCAUUCUCUGAAUUCUUUCUUCUAGUUGGAAAAACUGUCGGUGGACGGAUCAAUGGAUUCAUCGGUUAAUGGUAACUCAAAUUUUAGAUUCCGAGUGGUGGCCGUCCCAUAUCCCGGAAGAGGCCACAUCAACCCAAUGAUGAACCUCUGCAAAAUCAUGGCCAACAGAAGACCCAAUAACUUUCUCAUAACCUUCGUCGUUACUGAAGAAUGGCAUGGCAUCCUUAGCUCCGAACCUCUUCAUGCAAACAAUAUCCGAUUUGCCACUAUCCCCAAUGUCAUUCCUUCUGAAAUAGGCCGAGCCAAAGAUUUUACGGGCUUCGUUGAAGCUGUUUUGAACAAGAUGGAAGGUCCAGUUGAGCAUCUGCUCGAUCAGCUGGAGCAGCCGAAGCCGAGUGUGAUAAUAUUCGAUUCAUUCUUGAAGUGGGGAUUGGGCGUUGCAAACCGGAGGAAUAUACCCGCAGCUUCGCUUUGGCCCAUGUCGACCACGUGUUUCUCGCUUCUUCGUCACUAUGAAAGUCUUGUCGAGAAUGGGCAUCUCCCUUCCAAUCCAGUAGAAGAAGGGGAUCACAGGGUAACCUGCAUUCCGGGAGUCCCGUCUAUUCGACUUGCAGAUUUUCCUAGGGAACUAUUGUUGCAUGGUACAAGUCAGACAGCGGUCCGUAUAGCUCUAGAAGUUGUUGCUCUGGCAUCCAAGGCGGAGUACCUUCUAUUUAGUUCUGUCUAUGAACUGGAAUCUCGAGUCAUAGACAGUCUCAAGGCCGAAUUACCCAAUCCCAUCUACUCCAUAGGUUUGGCAAUACCUUCUUUCAAUGUGAGAAACCGCAGCAACAAUGACCAUAUUGCUUGGUUAGAUGCUCAACCUAGAUCCUCCGUAUUGUACAUUUCCCAGGGGAGCUUUCUAUCUGCAUCCAAUGAGCAGUCGGCUGAAAUAAUUGCUGGAGUUCAUGAAAGUGGGAUUAGAUUCUUCUGGGUAGACCGCCAAGACAUUUCUACGUUUCAAGCAAGUGGCGGUGAUACUGGUAAUGGAGUAGUUGUGCAUUGGUGCGACCAACUGAAAGUGCUGUGCCAUCCCUCAAUAGGUGGAUUCUGGUCUCAUUGCGGGUGGAAUUCUACUAAAGAAGGUGCAUUUGCUGGUCUGCCGAUGCUUACUUUCCCAUUAGCAUGGGAUCAAUACACAAACAGCAAGCAAAUUGUGGAAGACUGGAAAAUUGGUCGGAGGCUGAAGAGAGAUGAUGGAGGCCUGGUGAAAAGAGAGGAAAUUUCCAGGAGUUUGAAGAGGUUUAUGGACUUGGAAUGUGAUGAAGGGAAAGAAAUGAGGAGAAGAGCCCAAGAAAUCCGGGAGAUUUGCCGACGAGCAACCGCAGAAGGUGGUGGAUCUUCUGAGCUUGAAAUUGAGGCUUUCAUCGAGAACAUAGCAUAACUCAAGAAUUCUUUGGACAGGAUCAAGGUGAAGGAUUGCUGUGGGAUUAGCCUAGUGCGUAAUUUGUGCAAGUUAAAAGAGUUGUUAACUUGAGACCUAUCUUGUUCUUGUAUAUUAAUAAAAUUCUUCAAGGCAACAGAUGUUUUCGACCUCUUAGUGAAAUUAUACUUACUCAUUCUUCA